UUUGCCAGGGGAUAUCCCUCGCUGCUGCUAGUCCUGUCGCCCCCUCCCUCUCCCCCACCCAAAACCCUUCCCAGCAUCGCAGGGAACAGCCAGAGGUCGACCUGACGCAGCCCGGGCUCCGCGGAGGGAAUGUAAAAAGGACCCGCAGCAGCAGCGCCCGGAGUUCCAGGUUGGCCGUCAGAGCUCCCUCUGAGGUUGGGUGUCUUUGCGUGCCUUUCCCCUUCCCCGAACCCCCAACAGGGACCUCGACUCACUUUCUGCCCCAGCACGAUGCUCUUGGAGCGAGCCCGGGCCGAGAAAGCGGCCCCCGCCGAGGCCUGCGCCUUCGGCCGGAAUGCAGAGGUCCCGCUAUGCGCAGGGUGCAACCAGCACAUUGUGGACCGCUUCAUCCUGAAGGUGCUGGACCGGCACUGGCACAGCAAGUGCCUGAAGUGCAGUGAUUGUCAAGUCCAGCUAGCGGAGAAGUGCUUCAGUCGCGGGGAGAGCGUCUACUGCAAGGAGGACUUCUUUAAGAGGUUUGGGACCAAAUGUGCGGCCUGUCAACAGGGGAUUCCUCCAACACAGGUUGUGCGGAGAGCCCAGGACUUUGUCUACCACCUCCACUGCUUCUCCUGUGUUGUCUGCAAGCGGCAGCUGGCCACAGGGGACGAAUUCUACCUCAUGGAGGACAGCCGCCUGGUUUGCAAAGCUGACUACGAGACAGCCAAGCAGAGAGAAGCGGAGUCCACAGCGAAGAGACCCCGCACGACAAUCACAGCCAAGCAACUGGAGACCUUGAAAAAUGCAUACAACAAUUCCCCAAAGCCGGCCCGGCAUGUGAGGGAACAGCUUUCCUCCGAGACCGGCCUGGAUAUGAGGGUGGUCCAGGUUUGGUUCCAGAAUCGGAGAGCGAAAGAGAAGCGGCUCAAGAAAGACGCUGGGAGGCAGAGGUGGGGGCAAUACUUCCGGAACAUGAAGCGGUCAAGAGGGAACUCUAAAUCCGACAAGGAGAGCAUCCAGGAAGAGGGCCCGGACAGCGACGCUGAGGUCUCCUUCACAGAUGAACCAUCUAUUUCUGAGAUCAGCCACACCAAUGGAGUCUAUGGCAGCCUUGGGGAAAACUCUCCUGCCCUGGGGCGGCCGGCUGGGGGCAAUGGAGGCUUCUCCCUGGAGCACAGCGGACUCCCGGUUCCAGACCAGUAUCAUGACCUCCGCCCUACCAGCCCUUUGCAGGCCCUGCCUGGCCACCAGCCCUUGAUGUCCAGCCUGGUUUAUCCUGAUGGUGGCCUCAGCCUGGUGGGGCAGAGCGGACAGGGAGUGCCCCAGCCCAUGAGGGUGCUGGCAGGGAAUGGACCCAGCUCGGACCUCUCCACGGGGAGCAGCGGGGGCUACCCAGACUUCCCUGCGAGUCCUGCCUCAUGGCUGGACGAAGUGGAUCAUGCCCAGUUUUGAUGGAGCCCAUCACAUCUGGCAAGGGUGUGCGCGCUCCCUUGAGACUUUUAAAAAAAUGGAAUGACAAUGUUAUCUCAACUGGUGUUGGGAUCGGCCAGCAAAGAUGAUGGAGGAAAUCCUCCUACAACAUCCACUGCCCAAACCGCAGGACUAGCCCCAUAUUAGGGGCAUGUGUGGAAAAAUAUAUAUAUGGACCAAGAUGCCUUUUGGGCCUGACUGACAGUCUGGAAGUGAUUCCUGGGCUGGGCCACUUGCCAUUGAACCACAGGGCCAGGCAACCCUACUGAUGGCACCAAAUGGUUAAGGGGAAAUGCCAGGAAGUUUCUGUAUUUCCCCCAAGGAUGGUUGCAGCUUCUGCACAGGGUGCUGUGCUGCUGAGCGCCUAACAGGCCUUGUGCUUUCCAUAAGAUAUAUGUGUGUCUGGGGAGGGAUGUUAAUUUUGUUUUUGUUUUUGUUUCUAUUUUUUAAAAUAACACUGUUCUCCAUACAUCUCUCAGUGGAAGGACUGGCCUUUCUGCCAUCCCAGGCCUAUCAGAAGCUCUUGAAAAAAUUACAUAGCUUCAAAAUUGCUUUCCACAGUGAAAAGAAAGGUGUGUGUGUGUGUGUGUGUGUGUGUGUGUGUGUGAAUACUUCCAAGAGGUGAGAUAUUUUGAGGAAAUACCCUUCUAAGAAGACUCUUAAAAGAAUAUGAGCGAGAGAGAGAGAGAGAGAGGGAGGGAGAAUGGGUUUUUUCCUUUUUUUAAAAAAAAUGCAUGCACCCAAGACAUAGGUUUUCAAAUGCCAAUGAUGCAAUUUUCUUUCUUUCUUUUUUCUUUUAUGGCCAAGGUGGCCCUAAUUUGUAGGCUACUAGCUGUAUUAUUUCCAUCAUGCUGUGAAUAAGGUGUAUUAAUUACAGAACCGGUUCUCAUUUUAUCAUAGGCUCAUAGAGAUCAGUGGUCUGUAUGUGUCAUUCAUCUCCUGGAGUGGGAAAUGGGGUUUGUGUGCUUUUUCAAGUUACUCCUUUUAAAAGUGGUUCUUCUGUGGAAUGUCAGGGAGCUUGGCACAGUUGCCAGGAAUGGCGGUGACACAAAGGGAUCCCAAGGGUCAUCUAGUCCAACCCCCUCCAAUAACUGUGAGCCCUGGCCUUCUCUGCUCCACUCCCCCUCCAUGUUUCCUAAUUGGAGAGAAGGUGAAAGAAAACACCCCACCCCACGCAUCUCCCCACACUUCUUUACUUUCUCUCCAAGCAGUGUAGGCAACUGGGUGGGAAGGUGGGUGCUGGAGGCCAAUGGGGUGAGACCUCCAUUGUCACAGGGUUCCUAUUUCCCUGCAAUUUUGGGACGUGGGUGGCACUGUGGUCUAAGCCACUGAGCCUCUUGGGCUUGCCGAUCAGAAGGUCGGCGGUU